AACUGUCCUCCUACCUGCAUAAGACUUCUGUCAACGUCUCCUUGUGUAUAUCAUUCGCAUGCGUUCUUCCGCAUAAGGUGUCAUUAGAGCUCACCUAUCGCGUGGGAUUUCAACAGCGCAGUCAAGGAAGCACCGAUAUACAACCCCGACUCCAGUCUCGGAAUGGCAAUUCAAUAACUCGGCUCGAAAUGGGCAUCCUUUGUCGUAUUUGUAUGUAUACCCUCUUCUAUCCUUUUGCCGGUAUUACCGAGGCGACCCACUGGCAAGGCUGAUGAUUGAAAUUCUUGGCGGCGAUCAAAACAUCCAUCACCAUGGCGUACACGUACGCGUUGAUCUCAAAAGAUAUCACAAGAGUCGGCUGCAGCUAGAGUCACCGGUCAACUCAAAAAAUCUCAAACCUUCUCAUCGACUCGGGCUUCUAUACUCUACUUCCAGCUGGUUCUAUGGCACCCUUCUUUUGCUUUCACCGCGACUCAGCAGACUUAAUGCUUCACCCCCUGUCUGUCAGCAUUCAUUUGAAUUUCCAACUUAUAGGCCGACCGGGGAUCAAAGAAACGUUUGGCCAGCUCUUCUAGACUUCAGUCUGUCAGACACCACGAAAUCCAUCGCUGUACAAUACUCAAUAUGUCCGGGCUUCAAAGCCUUCAGGCCUUCAGGCUCUAGAAUCUAGGUUCCAAGACUCUUGGAAUAUCUGGUCCGGCUUCUUAAGGUAGUAAAUCUGGGAAACUUGACAUCUCGACGUUUUAACUAACCGUGCUGCUUCUUUUUUCUUUCUUUAUUCUGUUCUCCUUGUCAUUUGGUUCUUGCAAGUACUCUGGCGGUACUUUAUGCGUUACGAAGGACCCUCCCACGUACAGGACCCUCGUGCUGCAACGCCUGGCAUCUUGGAACAAACAGUAGCUACUCAACGCUCAGGCCUCAGGCUUCAGAUCUCAGCCCGUCCCACAGUCGUACCAUGCACACAACAACAUUUCACUUUGCGCAACUCGAUUCUGACAUCCAGCGGAUAGGAGGGACGCGGUCCGUGGAUCUGUAUUUCGAAUGUAAUUGAUGUGUUGACAGUUUCCCCGAGGAUAUGUGUGGUGUUUAAUGCUCUAGGAGCGCGUUCUGGCGCAUGUUGCUCUGCGUACGGUGAGUAUUGUACAGACACUGUGUACAUUUAAAUUAUCAAACACCUGCGCCCGCACCAUUACACGUAGAGGAAAUGCCAAACGGGAACCGCACGUAGAAAUAUACAUUCAGCGCAUUU